AUGGCGGAGGCCGUAGGGCUUGCCGCUAGUAUCAUCGCUAUCGUUGAGCUCUCCGCCAAAGUCGGGAAACUCUGUGUCCAGUACUCGACCGCAGUUGGAAAUGCCAAGGCUGACAUUUCUCGGCUCCAGACUCGGCUGAAGGACCUGAAUAUAUGCCUCGAAGCGGCUCAGAGACUCCUCAAUGACCCGAAAAACACGGCGCUUGCGACAUCGCGGUCGCUAAUCGAUUCGCUUAAUGCAUGCGAGACAGAACUAGCAGAAGUCCGGGAUAGACUUGAUCCUGGGAGCGCGCGGAAGGCCAUGCGCCGAUUUGGACUCCGUGCGCUUAAGUGGCCGUUCGAGAGCAAGGAGAUAAGCACGGUUAUAGCAAAUCUUGAGCACUACAAACAGACUAUCACUCUAUGUUUGCAAGUCGAUCAAACCACAAUACUACUCGACGUGUCGCAGCGGGUAGAGAAUUUGUCACUACAACAACAGAGCACGCCGUCCGUAGCUCGCCCGCCAUGUUUUAAUGUUCCCUUCGAUCGAGAUCAAGACUUCGUCGCACGUCCCGAUAUGACGGCGUGGCUCAGAGACAAGUACAGCGGCUCUGCUGGCCGCAUGGCUCUUGUGGGCAUGGGAGGGUUUGGCAAAUCGCAGCUUGCCAUCAACUUCGCCUAUUAUAUCCACGACGAGGAUUCUGAUAUCAACAUAUUCUGGGUCCAUGCAAGUUCGAGACCGAGAUUCGAAGAAGCCUACCGCGCUAUAGCGGAGAGGAUGAAACUACCCAAGCGAGACGAGUCAAGCACGGACAUCCUCGCUCUUGUUCGCGACUGGUUGCAGAACAAUGAGUCAGGUCGUUGGCUUAUGAUUAUAGACAAUGCCGAUGACAUCAAACUCUUCUACCCCAAAGGCCCAGACGAGCGGGUUUUGGCAUCAUUCCUACCGAAGCGCAACAAUGGCACCAUCCUGGUCACGUCUCGUAGCCUAGAUGUUGCAGAAAGACUGACUGGUAGCCACAAGAAUAUCUUCCACGUGUCUACCAUGGAUGGGGCUCAAGGCCUACAUCUUAUCACCAACAAACUCACCGGCGACUUCGAGAAUGACGCUGCUAUUAAGCUUCUUCAGGCUUUGGAUUACAUCCCCCUCGCUAUCACCCAAGCCGCAGCUUACAUCAACCGACGUGCACCCCGAGAAUCAGUCGAAAGCUAUUUGAAAGCAUUCCAAGAAAGUGAUCAGAAGAGGAACAGCCUUCUGGAGAUCGAUCUUGGUGAUCUCCGCAGAGACGAGACUGUUUCCAACUCCGUCAUUACCACUUGGCAAGUUACAUUCGAGAAGAUUCGUAACGAAAGACCGUCAGCCACCGAUCUCUUGUCCUUCAUGAGUCUUUUCGAUCACAAAGGAAUUCCAGAAUUCGCACUUCAAUACUACAAUGGCACACUGGCAGGUCUGAAAGACAAAGCUCCCAGCUUUGAAGAUGAUCUAGACGUGCUUCGCAGCUAUUCUCUGGUUUAUGUGACUGCCAAGCGAGACAUUUUCGAGUUGCACGCGACGGUGCAGGCUUGCACCAGAGCUUGGACAUCGUCUUCGGGCAAACUGCCACAAUUGAAGAGCCUAUUCAUAUAUUCCAUGCGUGACAAUUUCAGUCCUCACGAAUUUGAAAACUGGGCUACAUGCCAGGUGCUGCUACCGCACUUGGAGUCUGUGACACAGGAAGAGCCGCAGAUGGAUGACGUCGAACCGUGGGCAAAGCUAUUGUAUCAAUAUGCAAGAUAUAUGAUUCACACUGGCAAGUACAAAGCAGCAGAGGAGAUCAGCGAGAAAGCGAUUGUAGCAGCUUUGCCAAUUCUUGGAGAAGACCAUGUGACUAUGCAGAGAUGCUUGAGUGAGUUAGCUUCGGCCUACAGGAGGCAAGACAAGCUGGAUGAAGCUGAAAGCAUUCAGCUUCAGCUAGUUCAAACCAGCAAGAAGAUUUGGGGAGAGGAGCAUGAGCGGACCCUUGACCGUAUGAGCAGUCUGGCAUUCACCUAUACCUGUCAGCGUCGGGAUUCUGAAGCCGAAGACCUUCUCGUCCGGACAUUAACAGUCUCACAAAAGAUCCAAGGAGACAGACAUCCAGCUGUUCUCAAAAUGAAAUCUAAUCUGGUGAUAGUAUAUUCGAACCAGGGACGAUAUGAUAAGGCUAGAGAGAUAAGAAUACAAGUGUUAGAGGGACAAAGGAUACUGUUGGGCCCAGAACAUCCAGAUACGCUGCAGAGCAUGCAUAACCUAGCUUCGAUUUUCAGGAAACAGGGAGAACUUGAAGAAGCAAUUCGGCUCCAGAAGCAAGUGCUAGUGGCAAGAAAAAGUGUCUUGAGGGAACACCAUCCUAGGACGUUGAACACCAUGAAGCUGGGGGCCAAAAUCUUGAGGGAUAUGGGUCAACAUACAAAUGCUCUGUCGCUGAUGCAAACUUGUGUAGACAUUUACAGGGAGGCGCAUGGGUCUGAGCAUCCAGGGACAAGAUCUGCAGUCAAGAGACUGGAGAUAAUGGAGGCAAGGACAAAAGUGGCGUAUCAGGUCAGUAAUUGGAUGAGUAACUGA